UAUUUCAUUUUUCUGUUCAGUCUCUUUAAGGAGUGUCCCCAUCCCGAUGAAAAGCAAAGACUAGAGCUCAGCAAAAGGCUUAGCUUGGAUGCUAGACAAGUCAAGUUUUGGUUUCAGAAUAGAAGAACUCAGAUGAAGACACAACUGGAACGCCAUGAGAAUUCGAUACUUAGGCUAGAAAAUGAUAAGCUUCGAGUUGAAAAUAUGUCAAUUAGAGAGGCAACGAGGAAUCCCAUUUGCACAAACUGUGGUGGUCCUGCGAUAAUUGGCGAAAUAUCCCUAGAGGAACAGCACCUUAGAAUACAGAAUGCCAGGCUAAAGGAUGAAUUAGAUCGUGUUUGCACGCUUGCAGGCAAGUUUUUAGGCCACCCAAUUUCAUCUACUGCGAUUUCCAUGGGGCCGCCAUUGCCAAACUCGAGUUUGGAACUUGGAGUAGGUAACGAUGGGUUUGGAGGUGUAGCGACCAUUCCAGAAACUUUGCAUAUGGGGCCUCCUGAUUUUGGGAUUGGGAUAUCGAGUCCUUUGCCUGUAGUGCCUCCGACCGAGGUAACGAUGAAUGUAAUACCGAUUGACAGAUCAUUAGAGAGGUCUAUGUAUUCGGAGCUUGCUUUGGCUGCAAUGGAUGAAUUGGUAAAAAUGGCCCAGAACGGUGAACCCCUUUGGCUCAGAAGCUUGGAAGCUGGAAGAGAAAUUUUGAACUAUGAGGAAUAUGGGAGAAUAUUUACUCCUGUUAUUGGAGUGAAACCCAAUGGUUUUGUAACGGAGGCCUCUCGAGCAACUGGUAUGGGAAUCAUCAACAGUUUGGCUCUUGUUGAGACAUUAAUGGUCUCGAAUAAAUGGGCGGAAAUGUUCCCAUGUAUGAUUGCCAGAACCUCUACUACAGACGUGAUUUCAAAUGGUAUACGAGGAACAAGAAAUGGUGCACUUCAAUUGAUGCAUGCUGAACUCCAAGUUUUGUCCCCACUGGUUCCGGUUCGCGACGUAAAUUUCCUCCGAUUCUGCAAGCAGCAUGCCGAGGGCCUGUGGGCCGUCGUCGAUGUGUCUAUUGAUACUAUCAGGGAGACUUCCACAUUGCCAAACUGCAGGAGGCUUCCCUCCGGUUGUGUAGUGGAAGAUAUGCCUAAUGGCUAUUCCAAGGUAUAAAUUC